GUCUGUGUGGGGAGAUUCAUCUUAUCCUCACUCCAGGCAGGGUUAUCCAAUAGCCUACACACAUGCGUGGACUUUGUUACUUGAUCCUGCCUAUUCUCUCCCAAGUUUAUGGCAGUACUGUGAGAGUGGUAGGCAUCAUUGGCCACAAUGUGACACUUCCAUGCAGCUAUGAUGCCCUUGCCUAUGGAUCUUUGAGUUUUUGUUGGGGCAAAGAUAAUGUGCCGAUAUUUAAAUGCUCAAAUACCAUACUGUCAUGGAGGGAUGGAAUGGUGCAGAACUGGUGGGGGCCCCGGUACCAGCUGAGUGGGGCUCUGGAAGAUGGUGAUGUGGCACUGACCAUCAUGAACGCAAAGUGGAGUGAUGCAGGGAUUUACGGCUGCAGGGUGGAGAUCCCAGGACCAUUCAAUGAUCUAAAAGUCAAUAUGAACCUGUUCUUAGAGCAAGCUCCAGAGGAAGACCCAACAGUGAGUCAGAGCUACAAUGAGCAAACGACAGAAGGGAUGAUCACAACUUCUCCAUUUGAGAGUACACAAGGAGCACAUAUUUUAAGAACUUUCACCAGAGAGGAAUUUAAUUUCCUCAGUUUUCUGGGAGUGGAAAACAUUGGCAGAUUGGCAGCGGUUUUGCUCGUCACCAUAAUCCUAAUCCUUGUCUUUAUUUUCUGGAAAAGACUGCUGCCUACAAAAACUAUACAGCAGGUUGAGACGUCAGCACCGGAGAACCUCUAUGAGAGCAUACCAAUGCAUUAGUGAUAAGUAAAAAUAAUGAGAGGACACUUUCAGACAAGGCACACAUCUGAGGAGAAUUUAAAUAAGCAGUUUUGACAUUGCAUUUCAAUAAAGAGAGGUGCAUACUUUUCUCAAGCUGUUAUAAAGGCUCCUUUGAAGAGUGCAAGAGAUAAAUGUACUUAGUCUAUGCGAUUCAUACAGGCAAAUUCAAUUAUUGUGAUGCGGCAAAAUAAUAAUAGAUUGGCCAGAGCUCAUCGAAGGGUCGAUGAGGGACCAUUGCCAUCUACUGGACAGAAUUUAAACUGCUCUUUAAGAACAGAAAACUAAUUAAUUAAAAAUGUGCAAAUAUAUGUGGAUUUUCUCUUGUAAAGUGUGUUUUUAACAUUUUCUUUUACUUUAACUUUAUACAUUUGUACUGACAAAAAAACAAAACAAAAAAAACAAAAAAACAAUAAGGCAUAUAACACAAAUACGUUCAAACUGCCUCAAAAUGUUAUCAAGAAAUACAUUUAAAACUGUCUAAAUAGUGUAAUCCCCAAAAUACAUACAUGACUAGGCUUGUCAUGAUAACAAAUUAUUGUAUUACAAUGUAUUGCCAAAGAAACUACAGAUGUUAAAUGAUAAUGCAACUAUUUCAUGCGACUAACACAAUAACUUUAAAGCAGGAUUAUCCCUCCAUAAAACUAAAAUGUACCAUUUUUUUUUAAAUGAACUGCAA